GGUCCUUCCGGCGGCCUCCCCCGGCCGUGAUGCUGCGACUCGGCUGCGGGCUGAGGCAGCUCGGGACAGCGCCAGGUGCUCGGGCCUCCGCUCAGCUCCCUUGCGGCGCCGAGAUGCCUAAGAAGGCUGGUGCGACGAACAAGGGUAAAAGCCAGAGCAAGGAACCAGAGGGACCACUUCCUCCCCUAGCUCCUGUGGCUGUUGAUCCUAAAGGUUGUGUCACCAUAGCCAUCCAUGCCAAACCUGGCUCCAAACAAAAUGCCGUAACAGAUUUGACAGCAGAAGCCGUCAGUGUAGCUAUUGCAGCACCGCCAUCGGAGGGAGAGGCCAAUGCUGAGCUCUGUCGGUAUCUGUCCAAGGUCUUAGAACUCAGAAAGAGUGAUGUGGUUUUGGAUAAGGGUGGUAAAUCUCGUGAAAAGGUGGUGAAACUUUUGGCCUCCACAACUCCAGAAGAGAUCUUGGAGAAGUUAAAAAAGGAAGCCAAAAAGAAAUAAAAGCAAGAAAUGAAAAAUGCAUCACUGGGAAGCUUUUUUGUUGCUAAUGACGAAGAGUCUGUUAAAUAGGAAAAUAUAUUUGA